CCAAUGGCAGAUUAGCAAUAUCCCGCGAAAACCCAGACCUAUAUCGAAGCGCUCCGCUUCCCUCUAAUCCAUCCUCAACGCUCAACAGCUCCGUUAUUCAAAUUUUUUCCUAAAUUUUCGAUCUCUCCGCCAAUCUCACACUCCAAAAUGUCCUCUCUCUCUCUCUCUCUCUCUCUCACACACACACACACAAACACAGUAAAUGCUCAAAUUGCUGAAUUUUAAACCCUGAUCUUCCACGCACUUGCAUAUUAAUAUAUGUGAAUGUAUAUAUUAGUAUCGUUAGGUGGUUGAUUUUGAACUCAAAUGGCGACAUCGGCGUUCAAAUCGACGACGAAGAGAACGCCGAUCGGAGCCUCAUCGUCGUCGGCGGAGGACUCCGGAUCGUCCAAUAAGAGCUCAGCUCACCGCCGCUCGCGCAGCCUUAGCCGGUUCUCGCACCGGAUACCGGUGCCGGGAAGCGAAGACUUCGACGACGGCGUUCCAGCUCCGAGAGGGAAGUUCGUGAACACGGUGAGGGGCUCGGGGUUCCCGGAGAUCAGCCUCGACGACCUCGCCAUCGAGUUCUUCCACUCCGGCGAUCGAGGCCGCUCGGGCUCGAGGAGCUCCGAGGCCGGCCCGGCGGGCGGUUCCGGUUCCAGUGCGUCUUCGUCGUCAUCGCUUAGACGAGGGAGGUCGGUGUCGAGACAGAGCUCGAAAGCAAGUGGAGAUGGGAGGGGCAGUGUGUGUAAUAGUUCCGGUGGAGGAAGGGUAAUUUCUGAAAGUAAUUCGAGGAGGCGGCGCUCGGUUUCUGUAGUGCGGUGUCAGAUUAGCGAUUCGGAGAGUGAUCCAGAUCCUUCUCAGAACUCCGGCGAUCAUGCUAAUCUGAAGAGUAUUGGUAAUGGAAACAACCAAACGCCAUUAUCCAAUCGACCAGCAGUUUCAAAGCAAAGACAAGUAUUGAGAAGGUCUUUUAGUCAAAAAGACUUGAAGUCCCAUGAUGACUAUUCAAGCCAGUCUUCAGUCCUUACUGAUGAUGAAGGAAGGGAUGCUCAUUCCGGUAAAGGUGGGAUUGAGAGGAUAAUACGAGCAGUUUAUGCACAAAAGAAGGCAGAGCACCCUGCUGCAGAUAGUGUUAACAGUGAAUUGUAUGCAGCAAUGCGUGAAGAACUUAGAAAUGCUGUGGAGGAGAUCAGAAUGGAACUUGGACAAGCAAUGGCUAAAACAAAAACCUCUUUUUCAGCAACAUCUAAGAAGGUGAAAGAUCUCGAUGACUGGCUUCCCAUCACCAAAUCAAGGAAUGCAAAAUGGUGGUACUCUGCUUUCCACAAUGUCACUGCUAUGGUUGGCGCUGGAGUCCUGGGUCUCCCCUAUGCCAUGGCUCAACUUGGAUGGGGUCCUGGUGUUGCUGUAUUGAUUUUGUCAUGGAUUAUCACUCUGUAUACCUUGUGGGAAAUGGUGGAAAUGCAUGAAAUGGUGCCGGGAAAGAGGUUUGAUAGGUACCAUGAGUUGGGUCAACAUGCUUUUGGAGAAAAGCUUGGCCUUUGGAUAGUGGUGCCCCAACAACUAAUGGUGGAAAUUGGCGUGAACAUAGUGUACAUGGUCACCGGGGGGAAAUCCCUGAAGAAGAUCCAUAAUCUGUUGUGCACUGGCUGCAAAUCUAUCAAAACCACCUACUUCAUCAUGAUUUUUGCAUCGGUUCAUUUUGUUCUUUCCCACCUUCCCAGUUACAAUUCCAUCACCGGUGUCUCUUUGGCCGCAGCUGCCAUGUCGUUGAGUUACUCCACCAUUGCUUGGACAGCUUCAGCUCAGAGGGGAGUUCAACCAGAUGUGCACUAUGGUCCCAAGGCAUCAACCACAACAGGAAGUGUGUUCAACUUCUUUUCAGCAUUGGGUGAUGUAGCUUUCGCCUAUGCUGGGCAUAAUGUGGUUUUGGAGAUCCAAGCAACCAUACCUUCCACACCAGAAAAGCCCUCCAAGAAACCCAUGUGGAAAGGCGUAAUCGUCGCAUAUAUCGUCGUAGCCUUGUGUUAUUUCCCGGUUUCCCUAGUUGGUUAUUGGGUGUUUGGAAAUGCUGUGGAGGAUAAUAUCCUCAUGUCACUUGAGAAGCCCAUCUGGCUUAUUGCUUUUGCUAACAUGUUUGUGGUUGUUCAUGUCAUUGGAAGUUACCAGAUUUUUGCCAUUCCAGUUUUUGACUUGCUGGAAUCAUUUUUGGUAUUGAAGAUGGAUUUCAAGCCAACUAGGUUCCUUCGUUUUAUAAUACGCAAUGCGUAUGUUGCACUUACCAUGUUCCUUGGAAUUACUUUCCCUUUCUUUGGAGGGCUUCUCAGUUUCUUUGGAGGAUUUCCUUUUGCUUCCACAACAUACUUUCUGCCUUGCAUCAUGUGGUUAGCCAUCCAUAAACCUAAGAGAUUCAGCUUAUCCUGGUUCACAAAUUGGUUUUGCAUUAUAGUUGGGGUCAUAUUGAUGAUCUUAGCCCCUAUUGGUGCGCUGAGGCAGAUCAUACUUCAAGCCAAAGACUUCAAAUUUUACUCUUGA